UGACGCGCACUGGCGAGGCAAACAAUACUGACUUCCAGCCGGACAGUUCACUUACUUUCCAGCACUGAUGCACCCGCAUCUAACUUAGACCUCGACAGGCCAUCGCCAUGCCGACACUCAAGCAGAUCAGCUGCUCGCUCGAAGUCGGCACCAACACUCGCCUCAAGGAGUAUGGCCACACCUACACCGACGGCGGCGUCGAGGCUUUCGUCGCCAUCCCCGAUGCUCCAAUCCCAUUCCGCGUUCGAGUCACUUCGAGCGGCUACAUAGCCCCUGGAUUGGCUGCUUAUGUGUUCAUGGAUGGCGCGUACCAAUGCAACCGCAAUCGGCAGAAACUGGCCAUGCCACCUCCUGACUCUCAAGUGGAUCCGCAUGAGUACGAGGUCGACUUCACGCUUCGACAGAAGGAGGAAAAGACGUCCGACGGACUGUUCGUGGCACGGGAAUGGACCUUUGCGCAACUAAAGACAGACCGCACGCCUGACCACAGUUCAAGCUACGCGCAGAACGUGGGCACCAUAGAAGUCGUCAUUCUUCGCUGCAAAGAUGGCGGCGGUCGCCACGAUGCGAUCGAUCCAGCGCACACAGCCAUCAAUGUGCAGCCAGACAAGAGCUCUCAUUCUCGGCCUGCGACCAUUGUGCAAGCCACCAACGAAAGCAGACCUGAAGCCAAGGGACCCUCAAAAGCACCCUCCAAAGUGUCAGCUACAAAAGCACCUGCUCAAGCGCCAUCGAAAGCGCCUUCGGAAGCGGAUCCGAUGGGCGGCUUGUUUGGCUUGUUUGAUGGAGCAUCAGACGAUUCGUUCUUGACCUUCGAUGGUGUGAACGACCAAGAUCGAGGCGAUUACGGGCGUGACACCCAUCGCCACGCAACAAGACGCCGACAACCGCCUGAUUACCACUGGGAUGCUCGCCAGGGCUUGUACCGACACGUUCCGGCACUGGACCGUUUUCCGCCACGCUUCGUAGACGAAAGUCUCGAUGUGCAGCCUAGGCGCUCCAAUGCGCCAUCCCUGGACUCGAAUGCCGAGAGAGGUGAUUUUAUCUUCAUCGAGGAGUCGGCCAAGCAGAUCGAGUUUCUCAUUGCGCAGGGCAGUGACCACGCCAAGAAGCAUCUGAUCAUGGAGCAAGAGGCUAUCGCGCAUCGCAGAGAUCCGCAAGUCUUCCAAAGCAUGACUUCCACUUUGCAGCGGAAAGCUCAAGAGAUCGCAAACCUGAAUGAUGAGAUUUCCGGAUUGUAUAGAUCGAUCGACGCGUGCAUGCGAGCCAUGGACAACCAGGACUAUCAGCGAGUACGUGGCUUUCUGCACCAGCAGCGCAUUCUGCCAGAAAUGCGAAUCGACCUGGCCACGCCAUUGCCUACACCAGCGUCUCGCCCUGCAGAACCUGUCGAUGAUGACUGGCAACCUAUGGGUAGUGGGAAACACAUGGGCAGUGGAAACAACAGGGGCAGUCUUGCAGAGAGAAAGCGCCAGCAGCAGAACCAGCGAGUAGCUUCGAACGAUGUCUGGCGGACUCCCACCCGAACUCAGAACUCGAAUCAAGAUAUCGACGGCACAGCUAAGUGGACACAAGGCAAUACAUGGGGAACACCCGCGCGUGAUAGUCCACAGAAAUCGAACAACGGCGGGGAUGGUUGGAACAAUCAGCAAGACAAUCGAAAUCAAGGUGACGGAACAUGGGGCCAGCAAGGGGGCGGCAACGAUGCCUGGGCUGAUGGUAAUGGCCAGAACCAGGAUAAUGGUCAGAAUCAGGGAGGUGGAGGCUGGCCAGCUAAUGGUGAUCAACAAGCCGGGGAUGGCUGGAACCAACAACAGAACGGCGAUAAUCAGGAGAACAACGGAAAUAAUGACCAGAAUGAUGGCUGGGGCGGCGGCGGAGGCGGAGGUGCUGACCAAGCCAACAACGGCGAUGGUGGGGAAUGGGACAAUGCCAACAACGACAACAGCAAUGAUCAAGCUGACGCUGAUGAUUGGAAUCAACAGCAGGACAAUGAUCAACCUGAUCAAGGAGGUAAUGAGCAGGACAACAACCAAGGCGGAGGGUGGGGCGAUGAUCAGAACGACAACCAAGGCGGAGGAGGAUGGGGCAACGAGCAGAAAGACAAUCAAGGCGGAGGAUGGGGCAACGAACGGAAAGCUGCCAGUGCUGGUGGGCGAAAGAAGGGGGCAUCACAAGCUGGCGGCUGGGGCAACGAUGGCGCCGACCCUAAGGGGCACUCCGACGUUGCAACCACAGUAUCAGCGCUUCGACCUGUCAUCAAGCCCUACUGGGGCGACUGGGCAACACGACCGGAUGACAAGCGAAAACCCCGGGCGCAGCCACGAGACGCUUAUGUCUACCCUGCACCACCCUCAAUUGCAGCACCAGCGGGCAAAGCCCCGAGCGUCAGCCACGGAGUACAAGCCGGAAGAGGCGCAAACUAUGCACACAAACUUCAUCGACCGGAAUACCUCGACACGAUGCAGCAACCCUACGCCAUCUUCACAUUCAAGUACCGCAGCAAACCUGCUCUGGAGAAGAUCCUAGGCCGCAAGAUCGAUACGAGCAAUAUCCAGAAAGCUGCGCACGAGGUCGAGCAAGAGAAAUUAAUGAGACUUCCCAAGGAUGAACUGGUGGCCGAGCUGAUGAGAAGGCAAACACUAGGCCCGUCUUCUGCAAAGGGUUCAAAGAUCUCCCUGGGGCAAUCGGCUUCCAGGGGCGGUUCGAAGGUAGGCGGAGGCGAGCUCAAGCCUUCGGACUCGGUGAGCAACGUCAAUGGCAAAAAUAACGACGGCUGGCAGGAAGUUGGACAAGGUGAAGUCAAUGCUGAUAAAUCGGCCGCGUCUGAGCAGCAUUGGGGUAACAAUGAUCCUCAGCUCAAUCAGACUGGCAACAACGAUGGAUGGUGAGACUGCCUGCAACGAAGGUUUUCCAUGGCCAUGAUGUGUAUGACACUUGGUUGUUUGUAGCUCUAUAGGCCGCACAAGGGCACUCCCAAAAUUCUUUAGUCUAGAUGAAUAGAUCAAGCACUGGCCAGUAGCUAAUGCUUCUUUUCCACAACGCGAGAGAAAAAAUGCAAAGGCCC